UAUGAACGGAGCAUCUACAGAUGACGUCAAUUUUCGGUGAAAUGUCAAAGCAAUUGCAAUAGACCAAGCAGAAAAAAACAUAGAGAAAUUGGUACUUGUUUUUCUGGAUUCGACUAAAUAAUAAUCGUAGUGUUUGAAGGGAGGUGGAUUUUGGUAAGAAAUGUCUUCGCCGCCAGCACCAAGAAAGCCUCCACGAGGCUUGAAAUACGGCAAAGAAACGAGUGGAAGCGGCUUGUUGGUUACUGUUAUCAAAAAAUUGGACGCAAGUGAAACAAAUGAAGAGCGUCAACGCGAGAAGCUCAAAAUCGAGAAAGAGUUUAAAAACACCGACAAUCGUCUGAAUGACUUGGUCGCAAAGCAUGAUGGUGAUUUGUCGCAAGUGAUGCAGCUAUUCGGGCAGGUAUCAACGAUGAUAACAACAUCACGCACCAAAAUCCACACAGUCAAAGAGAAUUUGAUGGCUUGCAAGCAGCUGCUGCGAUGCCGCCGCGACGAAAUCCAAAAAUUGUACAAAGAUGCUAUGCAACAGAAGUACUCUUUGGAGAUGUUGGAGCAAAUUGAUGAAUUACGUAAGGUGCCUUCAAAAGUGCAAUCGUACACAAACAAACGUCAUUAUUUGCAUGCAACGCAGGUGCUUGUCAAGGCGAUUGACUUGAGCAAUGGCCGAUUACGGGAUGUGGAAGGAUUGAGUGACUUGCGUCAAGAUUUAGAUAAUCGCAAGAACCAACUGUAUUUAAAAAUGAUUGACGAGUUGAAUCGGCAUUUGUACCAAUUGUCAACGGCCGACGCAUUGUCGAAUUUCCAACGACGGGCUUCGUCCACGAGAAGAAGUGAUAAUAAUCUGGUGUCACCGUUUCAACGCAAUGUUAUGCGACGCUCGACUGAACGGGCCGAAGCAAAUGCCAAAAUUCGUAAGGCACUGUUUGAAAUGGCUCAAGGUUUUGAUGUCGAAAAAACCGAAGUCAUUGAUAAUUCAGAGCUCCUUGAUACGGAUCUAAGCCGGAGCUACUUCAUUGGCAUUAUUGUCGAAUGUUUUGCUUUGUUGAAGAAAAUACCCGAUUCAUUGGAUGCUCUUCGAACUCAAAUUCAAUCAGAGCUACUGGCCAUUGUUACUCGAACAACACAACAUCUAGUUUCGAUUUUCGCAGCAGAAGGAAGCCUAAAUCAACAGCCAAUGGAUGACCAAACACAUCCAUUGCUCGAAUUACUCAGUUUGGUUCAUAAGCAAUUCAAAUUAGUCGCAAAUGCUCAUACAUUACUGUUGAAGAACUAUCUAAAUGUAACACAACGGCAUGGCAUCGUUGUUAAGCCGUACGAUAUUGCCGAUUAUUGGGGUCAAGCUCAAGCAGUCCUUCAAUUACUUUUGACCGAUUAUUUGGACAUUCAAAAUGUAACUAGCGAUGAUCGAUCAAAUUCCACUUUUGCCGACCAAACAAAUAACAUUAACACGUAUUUCAAUCGUCGUAAAAUUAAUUCCCGAAAAACUUUAUUCAAGUUUGACAAAACCGCGCAAAUGAUGCACGAUGGACCGAAAGAACAUCGACGCAACGCUUCCGACAUGUCAAAUGAUGAACUGUUGAAUGCAAUGAACGAAGACAAGAACAAAGGCACCAAAUCAUUGGUGUGUCAACCAGAUCCAGCCUUAAUUCGCAAAAUCUAUUUGCCAUUGUUGAGCUACACGCAUGAAAUUGAAGAGAUGAUUAAAUCGAAACCCAGUCAAUCGAAUGCAUUUAAUGAAUUUUUGAACACUCAAAUCAGGGAAAUUUUCCUGGCAAAGGGCCACAAUCGUAAUUUACAACUAACAAUUGAAUCGUUGGCCAAGAAUCACGAUGCGUGGCGAGCAAUUAUCUCGCCGGAAGAGAUGAAGAGCAUGGGCCUCAAUAGACCAUUGUUGCAAAGCACCGUUUUAGUUGAACAAAAAAUUACGGAAACAAAGAGCCUCAUCCAAGAUUUGCCGAAUUAUUCCGAUGACUUGUUAAAAAUGGUGUGCUCUUUGCUCAAAACAUACCGAGAAACGUGCCAGGCAGCAUACCGAGGGAUCGUUCAACCGGAAACCGAAGACAAGCGAAUUUAUAGCGUUGCUUGGCUGAAAGACGACGAUAUUUCACGCUUUUUGAAAACUCUACCAAACUGGACUGAUUUAAAAUCCUCACGAUCUAAAGUGAUGUCGGCCGCUGACAAGAAGUUGAUAAAGGCAACCAAUUUGUAUAUGACUUCAGAGGAAGAAAGUCCAACCCAAGUUCAGCAGAGAAACAUUCGCGAAGCAGAAAUGUUGACAAGCAAUUUGGGCGAGAGUUUCAUUUCACAUCAGGAAAUUCUCUCCGAUAUUGGUGUUUUGAAAGAAUUGGCCAUUCUUCAAGAGAGUAUGGAAUGGUUUUCGCACCGAAUCACUGAAUUUGCCAACGAUUUACGUAAACCACUUUCAAACCGGGUAUGUUCAGAGUCAAACAAUGACAUUGAUUCUCCGGUAACGAUCAAAGACGGAACAAUAAAGGUGCUAACCAACUUGGCGUUGGAAUUCGAUGAUUUGGCCAAUACAUGUUUGUUGGUGUUACAUUUAGAAGUGCGAGUACAAUGUUUCCACUAUUUGAAGAGCAACGAAAAGAACACCAAGUACAGUAAAAUGGCCAACGAUUCACUUGAACCGGAUAGCAAAGUGUUGAAACUUACAAAAGUUCUAUCGGAUAUGGACGAAGCGUUGAACUCAACUCUACAUCCACGGAAGACAAAGUACAUUUUUGAAGGCUUAGCUCAUUUGGCAGCGCGAAUCCUGAUUAUGGCAUCAAAUUGCAUGGAAACAGUCGAUCAAGCCAGCGUACAGCGAAUGUGCCGGAAUGCAAUCGCAUUGCAACAAACCUUGAGCAGUAUCACAGCGACACGCGAAGUUGCCUUAGAUAAUGCAAGAAACUUUUACGAGAUGCUUUACAUGGAUCCAGAGGAAAUCUUGGCGAAUAUAAUUGAAAAGGGUGCCCAAUUCACGGAGAUGCAAUACUUGAAUGCAUUGCAAAUGUCUUGCAAGGCAAAAGGCAUCACCGAUUCGAACACACUAGCAAAAUAUCAACAGAAGCUCUCUGAUAUACUUGGUACAAAGCCCACUAUCGGCGUCACAGUCUAAGCCAGACUUAUAUUUUUUUUUACAAUUUCGUCUUAUUUUAUGUAUUAUUUUUGAGAGUGUAAACAAUUUCCGAUCAUAGAUCACGAACAUUAUUGCCCGUUUAGAAUAACAAUAUGUUCGAGAGAAUGAAAUCAUUUGAUAAAGCAAAAAAACAUGUAGUAAAUUUGACAAUAUGUAAAAGAACACGAAGAGAAUUAACGCCAACUAAUGAAUUAGGUACUCUGUUCGGCUGUCAAAAGUCAAUUCACGAAUAUUGUUUAUGAAAAAUAAAAUCGAUAUUAUAACCUGAAAAAUGUCAAUAAAAACACGAAAAAUUUAGUUUUGAAA